AUGCUGCGAGUAAGGUGUCUGAGAGGAGGUAGCAGGGGGGCCGAGGCUGCCCAUCUGAUCGGAGCCAUGCUUGGCCGUGCGGUGACUGGAUGGGUGCAGAGGGCUUUUCAGAGCACUUCAAGUGCAGGAGCUGCACAGAUGCAGCAUGUGGUUGAAGUGGAACAUGUUACUGAGCCUGUGCAGCAGGAAUGUCCUGUCUGCAGCUACAAUGAAUGGGACCCUCUCGAGGAGGUGAUUGUGGGUCGUGCUGAAAAUGCCCAAGUGCCUCCCUUCACCGUGGAAGUGAAAGCUAACACAUAUGAGAAGUACUGGCCAUUCUACCAGAAGCAUGGCGGCCAGUCUUUUCCUGCGGACCACUUGAAAAAAGCUGUUGCUGAGAUUGAAGAAAUGUGCAAUAUCCUGCGUCAUGAGGGCGUCAAUGUGAGGAGGCCGGAACCCAUCAACUGGUCCCUGGAAUACAAAACUCCAGAUUUCACAUCCUCAGGUAUGUAUGCUGCCAUGCCCAGAGACAUCCUUAUGGUUGUGGGAAAUGAGAUUAUUGAGGCUCCUAUGGCCUGGAGAGCUCGCUUCUUUGAAUACCGGGCCUACAGACCUUUGAUCAAGGAAUACUUCAGUAAAGGUGCUAAAUGGACCACUGCUCCCAAACCCACUAUGGCUGAUGAGCUGUAUGAUCAGGACUACCCCAUCCGCACAGUGGAGGACAGACACAAGCUGGCCGCCGAGGGGAAGUUUGUGACCACGGAGCACGAGCCCUGCUUCGAUGCUGCUGAUUUCAUUCGAGCUGGGCGGGACCUUUUCGUACAGAGGAGUCAGGUUACAAAUUACAUGGGAAUUGAAUGGAUGCGUCGUCAUCUAGCCCCAGAAUACAAGAUCCACAUAAUCUCUUUCAAGGAUCCUAACCCCAUGCACAUUGAUGCCACUUUUAACAUCAUCGGGCCAGGACUGGUGCUGUCAAACCCUGACCGCCCGUGUCGCCAGGUUGACAUGUUCAAGAAGGCCGGCUGGACUAUUGUGAAACCUCCAACACCUCUCAUCCCUGAUGACCACCCACUGUGGAUGUCCUCCAAAUGGUUGUCCAUGAAUGUCCUGAUGUUGGAUGAGAAGCGUGUUAUGGUUGACGCCAAUGAAUCCACCAUUCACAAAAUGUUCGAGAACCUCGGUAUCAAGACCAUAAAGGUGAACAUUCGCCAUGCCAACUCCCUGGGUGGCGGCUUCCACUGCUGGACAACUGAUGUCCGCCGCCGUGGUACCCUGCAGUCCUACUUCCACUAG